AUGCAGACGAGGAAUGGGUUCUCAAGUGUGGCGAAUGUAUUUAGUUUGCCACUCAUGGCAGAGACAGCUCAGGAUUACUUGUCAAUAUUCUCAGCGGUAGGGAUUGAACGCGAUUCAGCAUUGCCAGAUGUUUAUUGGGGCUCAGGAGACACUGUCUAA